AGAAGCUUCUGCGUGAAUUCUGUGUGGGUCUUGAAGCUUUCGGGGCAAAUCUUUUUCUCAUGGUGACCAAACCCUCGGUUCUAAAAAGCUUCCUGGUCAGAAGGAAGCGAAAGAAGGCGUGCGGAGGAGGGGGCCCCCAGGCGCUGUCCGUUCAGCACCAUGGAGCGUCGCAGAUACUCUGGCUAUCUGGCGGAUGAUGAGAGCUUCAGGGGACCCCAGAUGGGACACCUCAACGGCAGCCAGAGAAGAGGCUCUUACGACUGGAGACCUACACCGAGACCCCCUUCGCGCUGCCAGCUUCGACAUCCCGACGCCGCGGCCUCUAGUUCCACUUCACCCCCCGACCCCUCGGCGAACCGAGGGAAACGGAAACACCACAGGACAGCCGCCGGCCGGCCCAGGGGGAGCAGCCACCUGGCAAACGAAUUUUCGGAGUUUGUGGAUUUCUUAGCGGACGAGGACGUCCUUGAAAGCCUUCAGGGCAUCGUGGAGGAUGCGGUCCGGAAGCUCCGAGGCAUGACGACGGAAGACGGGGAACGGGUCUUCGACAUCCCCGACGACGCUCCCUCGAGCGCCGGCAGCGAGUCGUGGUCCAUUUCCUACAGCUCGACCCGUUCCCGGUCUGAAUAUUACACCACCACUACCACCUCCACCACCUCCAGCUCUGAAGAGGACUGGGAGCACCGGGUCAGGCUCAGAGAGCAGCCGAAACCGGAGGGCAGAAAGUGCCUCUUGGAGAAAUAUGCCUCCAGGCUUCCCAAGCUGGGGAAGAAGACCGGAGACAGCCUGUCUGGAGGAUUCCAUGCAGAGACGUUUUCCGAACGAUCGGGGGACAGUUACUUCUUCCGGCAGGAACAUUUCCAUAUUUGGGCCAAAUUGGCGGAGUCUUUUGAACAGCUGCAGCUCCCCAAGAAAGAUUAUUUUGCAAAAUUUAGGAAAAAGGUCCCGCCAACGUCAUUUUCGGUGGAAUCUCUCCAAAAGGAAAUCACCAGCGUUUUGAAACGGCCAACACCAAGCAGCAUCCCCUUAUAUUAUCCAGGCCGUGAGCCGUUCGAUGCUCUGGAUUUCUUGGAAGAGAACAAAAUCUUAGCGGCCCUUCAGGAUAUUAUAAACCAAGCGGUUCUCCAAGUCCUGGAAAUGAGAGGGGCGGACGGCGUUCCUUUACUGGACCUCUUUGACGCGGAAGGCCACGGGGCGAUGCUGUGGGGAUCUUCCACGGCAGGCAGUGAAGAAGAAGGAGAGGAGGAGGAAGAAGAGGAGGAAGGAGAGGAAGGAGAAGGAGAGGAAGGAGAGGAAAGUUCCGGAAGUGGGGAAGAAACGUCGGAAGAGGACGAUUCCAAAUCGGGAGGCAGCAAGUCGUCAGGAAAGAAGAAGAAGAAGAAGAAAAAGAAGAAAGGGAAGAAGAAAAAGAAAGGCAAGGGGGAAUCUCCAGCUGGAGAUGAGAAAAGCAAAGGGAAAUACACGCCACCACCCCCGGGCAAAUCCAGGAAGAAAUCUAUGGCCGAAGAAUCUCAGCGCAAGCCCAAAUACGUACCCCCUCCGCUCCCUAAAACGAAGCCGAGGGCUGCCCCUGAGGAACCCCCACCCAAACCGAAAUACACUCCACCCCCGCUUCCUAAAUCCAAACCAAAGAAAGCAGACUCGGCCCAAGCGGAAGCCGAGACGCCCAAACAGACUAUGCUGACAAAGCAUAUCAUUACCCCCAAAGACAUCAAGCGGGCUCGCCUGCAGGCUCGGCCUCUCCCGAAGCAAUCCAUCAUUGACUUCCUGAUUGAGAACGCAGCCAAGCUUAUCUUGUACAAGUACAAUUAUGAAACCCUUCUCUCCGAGAAGCUGGGGUUCAUAUCGGUCCCUGUGACGAAGGUACUCCUGGAGAUCAUGUUUGGCUACAAGAAGGUCCGAGGCAGCGGGAUACGGCUGUCCUCCCAAAUCGACUGGUCGAAAGUCUACGACGAGAUCUAUGCGGUUCGUCCGCGGAAACCCAAGCCCCCGAAACUCAAAGCAGGGGACAAGAAGAAAGCCAAGGAUAAGAAACAGAAAGCCAAAGGCAUGAUGAGGAAAUCGGAGGAGAAGAAAAGUGCUUUUCUGAAACCCAAAGGCAAAGUUGUGGUGAUCAAGGCGCCCGUUGACCAAGACGUUGAGUCCAGCAGGACCGGAGGGGUGUCCACAGCCGAGGUAAACGACAGCCAACUGCCCGAGAUCUUUGAGAUAGUUCCUCCACAGUUUCCAGAAGAAGGGGAAACGGAUGAAAUGUCUAUCGAAGAAGAAGGCGAGGUCUCUCCGACCCAACCGUCCCAGGCCACUGUCAAGGAGUCUCUGACCUCCACUGUCCUUAAUAGCCCUCAGAGAUCCGUUGUGUCUGAAGGGAGCCCGUCCACAGUCCCUGGUGCGCCUGUGGAGACGGAAGCCUCCUCACCCAUCUUGUCCCUCAAAAAGUCACUGUCUUCUCGGAGAGCAAGUGCCCCCAACGACAGCAACCGAGGGUCUCGGACUUUUCUGCCAGAGGUGGAACCCGCAGGCCAGCCCUCUGAAGACCUUUCGAGGAAAUCCUCAUUGUCUCGCCGGAUUAGCUUGGGUGGGAACGGGAGCAAGACUGUGUUCCCCAAAAUCUCCAAUUAA